UGAGCGACAUCGUAUAAGUGAGACUCGAGCACAUUGCCUACUCCGUGUCUUUCCGGUGACUCUAGCCGCCAUGUCGAGUGCCGCGGGACCACGCUCCGCUCUCCACUCCGUGCGGUUCGAAGGUGCUGAAGACUUCAUAGACGAAGUGAGGGCCUAUGACACGCCGUUCAUGAGCUUCACCCUGGGUAUGGUCAUGGACUACGUCUCGCACCCUACCUCGAGCAAAGACCCGAGCUCGACGCCAAAGGUGCCCUCGGACAAAGGAACAUACCAUGCGAUAUUCGACAUUGACAACCGUCUCAUAUCAGUCCUCGUCCAGACACCCGCACGGCCCGCCCACAUUCUCGGCUACCCCUCGCCCCCGCCUCCCCCCACCCUCUCGGCAGCCUGCGCCCUCCUCGCCAAAGCCAUCUCCCCAAGCUCGCUCCGCCGCCAAAUCGGCGGGCCACGCGACGCCGUGCAAGCCUUCCUCUCCGCGCUUCCAGACGUGCAAACCUCCCGCAAGACCUUCUCCUCCAUCGCGUGUUCCGCGAGCCUCCGCACGCUCCCUGUCUCUCCGCUGCCCGGAAAAGCAGGUGGGAGCCGCACUGCGGGUCCGCUGCAGAGGUACACGAUCCGGAGUGCGCGCCCGGAGGAUGCCCCGGGAGUCCUACCGCUCGUCCGCCAGUUCUCGGCGUUCACGUCCACGGGCCCUUCCCCGGACGAGACAGUCCUCGCGGACAUGCGCGCCGCAGCCGCGGCGAGGAUGCUCUACGCGAUCUACGCAGAGGAAGAGGUCGGCGAACAUGCGGCUGGACACGCCGUGCUAGGCGCACGCAGCUCAGAGGGGAAACGGGCAUGGAGAGAAGAAGGGAACAUCGCGGGCUACCUCCUCCUUGGGUUCGCGACACCCCGCGCGGUCGUGAUCCGGCACGUCUUCGUGCACCCUGAGCACCGGAAACGCGGGCUUGCGGAGAGGAUCGUGCGUGCUGUGACGCGCGCGUGCCUCGGUGCCUCUCCGGAGCCAGAGUUGGAUCCAGACGCGAACGGGAGCGUAAGCGUGCAAUUUGUCGCGGAUACACCGGGGUGUGGGGUGAAGAGCGCGGUGUGUUUGUUUUACAAUGACCCGGGUGCUGCAAGGGUCUAUCGUCGCUGCGGAUUCGUCGUGGGUGAGGAUGCGAGAGAUCCUGUCAGUGGAGAGAGUCUGUGUUAUGCGUACGAGUUGAGGGACAUUGUCACUCCGUGAGUGCUCCGUUUGUCAUCUCGCUUACUUCUGUGCACACUUCUUGCUCAGCUAGUGACCAAUAGGAUAGAAAUGUAGGUUUCAUCGCUUGCUCCAACGCUGGUCUCUGUGACUCAGAGGCCGCCCGGAAUUCGCCACAAGAUAGAGCUUGCCUCAGUGAAGCAAGCAGUCUG